AUGGAAAACACACGAGAGUCCCCCUCCGCUCCGCGUGGCCGCAAGCGCAGAGCAUCGGAAGAGGCGCCCUCGGCCCCUACUACCGCCGCGCUCGCGGCCCGCACUCUCCGCGUAGAGAACGCUCCAGGAAACAGCUACAUCGCCCCGGUGGCGAUCCGUUAUUACUGGCCCAACAACGGGUAUCGCCGCCGCAACGGUUCGCCUGUCUACAACGCUGCCGCCGCCGCCGACCUCGCAAUCCUCGAGCGCCACGUUAAGAAAGGCCUGCCCGCCGUCACCGCCUUCGACCACGUAACCCGCGUCGCUGCCACACCCAUCACCGGAGAGGAAAAAAACCAUGCCCAUCCCCGCCUCGCCCCCCCGCCACCGCAUCCGUAA